CCUGCAGUUCUUCCAACUGAUGUGGUGCCCCCUUCUUUACGUGAUAAUAAUUCUGAGGAGACACCUCCAUUGACAAACUUAACAGCAAGCUGCAGCAGCAAUUCCAGCACUAACGGGAGCUCGAGCAGUAAUGUAUUCGCAAGCGUAUUCGCCACCUCAUCAUCUUCAAGAAACUCCCAUUACCAAACAACCGAAUUCACCGACUUGUUUCGAGCUACAACACACGACGCUGCCCCACCACCACCACCACCCUCAUCGGAGCCCAUAAUAGCUCUAUGCCUCUCCAUGAAUCAUCAAGGGCAAUAUUCCCCCGCAAUGCAGCCCGCCUUAUCAGCAACGGCCUUAUUACAGAAGGCCGCCCAAAUGGGGCCCGCUUCAUCGAAUGCAUCGUUAUCCCUUGGUCUCGGUCUUGGUCUCGGGCUUGGUCUUGGCUGUGACGGUGGGUCCGGUUUGAAGGAACUGAUGUUGGGUACUCCGUCUGUUUUUGGACCGAAGCAGACCACUCUUGAUUUGCUAGGGUUGGGUAUGGCGGCUGCUGGCGGUACGGUGGCGGCGGCACAGCGGUUUGACGGCGGCAGCCAAGACAUGAGAGAGGAAGAAACUCACGAAAGCUCUCUUUUUACGUCACCUUCUUCGAUUAUCAGGUGAUUGAAAACUUUACAUGUUAUUUUAAUUCUGCAGAAUAGAACACUAACUGUGGGAUAUUAGUUAAUUAUAUGUAGUAAUUACUAAUUAGUCGGCUUCGAUUAUUUAUAUGAAGUGUGGACUAGAAGAAUCUGAUGUACAUAAUCUUCGAUAGAGACUCAACUGAAUGAAGUUUAGGUAGGCAUUAUUGUUAUUGUACUUUAGCUUGUUCAGCCCUAAGGCCUCGUUUGGUUAUAUGGAUCGGAUUAAUUUGGAUUGUAAAGCCGGAUUGUAUUAAUUCUCUAUUAUCUAGUUUGGAUUAGAUUGAACUGUAUU